AUAAACAAAAUUAAGUACCGUGUUAAUGAACAGUCCAGCAGGCAUCAGCUGUGUAGCCGAGUGAUCAUAGGGUCCAAUUAGCAGCAAUAGAUGAAACAGGGAGCCAGCCGUUCAGUACUCGUUACUAUGCUGGGCGAGCGGGAGACACGGCGUUCAGAAAAGCUAGUGGGCUGGGGCUAGCAGAGGCUGGUUGAGAGCACAUCGGCCGAAUCAUGUCAGCAGACUAGCUGCUGUGUCGACAAAGGGUCCAGGCCAUUUAGCAAGAGAGGUAUUGUAGUUGGUGUAAUUCGUUUGCUAGCCGAGAGAUUAGGCUAGCUUGAGGCUAACUGGUGCUUGCUUCUGGACAAGGGCGUUAGCAAAAAUAGCCACUCGGUAGAACAUAGCUAGCUGCGAUGAUCCGAUGUAAUGGUCCAGAGCUUUCAGCAGGAAUCCGGUGAUGUCGUGGAAUAAGGCAGUCUGAUAUGCUCAGGGCUGAUAUCGCGCUGUGCAGACUGGCAGGUAUUAUCCAAGCUAUCCGGGCUAAAGCAUCUGGUGUCUGAGCUAAAGACGAACGCCCUUACACACAGAGCAGUAGAGACAGCAACAGGUUGACAACGUUUGGAGAAUGAGAACACUACUGGACAGUAGCUGGAUAAAGUUUGGGCCAGCCGGCAGAGGGUCCAUGGAUUGGGUGACUGGGUCACCUUCUCCCCCCAUGGUGGAGAGACAGUUACAGGGCUACAACUGGAAUGAUCUGAACCUCAACCAGGAAGGGAGGUCAGAGCUGCUCCUCUACGUGGUCCUCCCCAUCACCUCCCUCCUCAUGCUGGGCCUCCUGGUACUCCUGGCCUACUGGAGGUGCUCCUCUCCAAAGCUCAGCCUGGCCCAAAUCAUCACCCUGGACCUCCAGGACCCCGAGAGCAGCGAUGAGUUCCUCUCCUCGCUCACCAGCCACGGCGAACGCCGCACCAGCACCAGCUCUGACAUGUCGGACAGUGUGUUCGUCAUGGUCUACCUGCCGCCGCCCUACGAGGAGACGCUGACCAAGAUCACGCGCGCCACCAGUCUGACCAGCCGGAAAGAGUCCAUGAAGAUAGAGGACCUGGAGGCCCGCCUGUGUCCGGAGAUCAAGUCCAGUGGACGCUACGUGUGACUGGGGAACACUGGGAGUGUCUCUCAAAAUGGCACCCUAUUCCCUAUAUAGCCCACAUAGGGCUCUGGUUAGAAGUAGUGCACUAUGUAGGUAGUAGGGUAUAUGGUAUAAUUUCGGACUAGAACUAAGAGAUUGCUUUUGAAGGGACCCCAUAUAGCAAGCUCUUUAGAAUAAGGGGAUUUCAAUGGAUUAUGUAAAAACAUCAGACCUGAGAUCAUCUUUUGUGGGUACCAGCUUUCUACACAGAGGAGUGUGCAAUUGCAUUUAAAGCUGGAAGCUGGAAAUGGUAUUGAUUGGCUGUACAGGAUACAGUACAUCUAGAUUAUCUAGAGAGGACAUAUGCGGACUAUGUACAAACCGUAGGUUACAGUAGGCAAAUAAAACUCCUUCAACCAUACAAAACAUAAUAUGCAAUUAAUUUGCGUUGUUUUUAUCUCCGAAAUGAAACACAUGCUCUCCCAUUUUUACUUCCACACAUUGUAUGAGCCACACCAUGCUCACAACACUCCUGUAUCUGUGUUGUUUCAGCUUGGUCCCUAUUUGGCGACUGAAGAAUGUCAAUGUGCAAAGUGCAAGAAGGUUACAGAAGUCUUAUAUGUAAUACUGUAUGUCAUUUGAAUUGUAUUUAUAUGUAAGAAGGUACAAAGACCUAGCCCGGGCACCAUGUCUUUGACAGGGGUGACGAGGAGUGGAAUGUUAGCAAGACUAGUACCCAGGCUUACAAAGACCUUCUCCAGGUUAAUAAUUCCCUUCAUUCCUUGGAAUCACAUCAUGAACGUACUCCUAAAAACCUCAGACCUGAUACGUUUGAUAGACUACAUAACAGAUAUGCAUUCUAAUUGACAAGUAAUAUGUUUGUACAAAGUGUUAUAUUGUUUUUAAAUAAAGAAUACGAAAAAUAUCUUAGCAUGGUUAUGAUUGAGG